GUUUGCAUCACUGAUUUUCCUAAAUUUCCGUAUCCGUUUCCUCCGCCAUUCUUUUUAACUUGACGUCAGAAAGGUUGUUGCAUGUUCAUUUCGUAGUAGUGUAAAAGCAACAAAAUGCAGUUACAUUUUCGUGGUCAAUCCAGUCACGCACUUGAGUGCGUAGGCUCCGAAACCAUUGGACAAAUCAAGGAUCAUAUUGCAUCCCUAGAAUCCUUAAAAGCAUCAGAGAUCAGUUUGUAUGCUGCUGGUGUACCAGUCUCUGAUGAUGACUUGGUUUCAGAAUUUGAAAACGCAGAUAUUGAGCUGACUGUUGGUCUUCCCGGUGGUAAAGUACAUGGCUCCUUAGCUCGUGCCGGUAAGGUAAAAGGACAAACACCAAAAGUGGAGAAGCAGGAAAAAAAGAAGAAGAAGACAGGUCGUGCCAAGAGACGCAUCCAGUACAACAGGAGAUUCGUCAAUGUAGUGGCCUCAUUUGGAAGGCGACGUGGACCAAAUUCCAAUUCUGCUCCAACGUCUUAGAUAUUUUCAUUAUGAAUGUAAUAUUUUUUUCUCAAAAAUAUAUCUAAUAAUCCAAAA